AUGGAAGCUACCAACGGGUACAACCACGAAGAGUGGGAUACAUAUUACGAAUGGGAGCCAGAACUUGCAGCUUUCCACCAGCAGGCCCAAGACGAGCAGGACCUUAUGCUCAUGCACAUCAGUGAGAGGGAUAUAUGCGCCUCAGUAUUAUUCGGGAAGCUCAUCAAGAUCGAAUCACUGGACAGACUGUGCGACAUCCAGAGCGGACUCACUGAUUUCGAUGAUUCAAUGCACUUCCUUGGACAAAUUGACUUCUACCAUGUCGUGGCUGAGCCGAGAGCCUGGCGCCAUCAGACAGCUAUUGAUCAACUGUUGGUUGACCUGUGCAGUCAACUGGAAGUGUUGGUGUACAUUGUGGACAGUGCAUUUGAGUUUAGCCCUGUGCACGCCGAGCAGAUGAUUCUGAACGACUAUGUCAAGUGGCGCUGGUCUUUGUGCAGGGUUAUGAUUGAUGAACUCAAAUUGAGAGUGGAUGAUCUGGCUAUGAAUUUCCAGCAUUGGGCUAGAGUGACCCCUGGAGAAUAUGCGGAUAUCUUUCCUCCAAAUCCCCUCGACAAGGAGAAGGAAACGAAAGCAUCUGAAGCGCCGCAGGUUGAGCAACUAACUCAGAUUGGGGCAGUAGCAUUUAACUGA